AUGGCGAUCACGAGAUGCAUGUUCGUCGUGGCGGUGGCUCUGGCUCUGGCUCUGGCUGUGGCAGUGACGGUCUCCCUAGCCUCGCCAACAACUACUGCAACAGGAGUAGGUCAUCUUCUCGUCGAGCGCAGCCUGAGAGCUGCGGCGACGUGCAGCAAGUUUCCUCGGAUGUGCCACGCGAAGGGCAGCCCCGGGCCGGACUGCUGCAGCAGGCGGUGCGUGGACGUGAGCACGGACAGCCUCAACUGCGGGCGGUGCGGCCGGCGGUGCCGCUACGGGUGGACGUGCUGCCGAGGGAGAUGCGUGAACAUAAUGUACGACGCGAAGAACUGCGGCGGCUGCCGGCGCCGGUGCCCGAAUGGAAGCUUCUGCAGGUACGGGAUGUGCAGCUACGCUUCGUAG